AUGGCACUGUUAACUCCCGCCAACCACAGCACCACACUGUUUACCCUGCGUGGCUUCCCAGGGGUGGAGGCAGCACACUGUUGGAUUGGCCUCCCCAUCUUUUCCGCCUACCUGUUCGCGGUGCUGGGUAACUGCGCCAUUCUGUACAUCAUCCGGGCAGAGCCCAGUCUGCACCAGCCCAUGUAUUACUUCCUGGCCAUGCUGGCUACCACCGACCUGGGACUCUGCCUCACCACGGUGCCCACCGUCAUGGGGGUCCUCUGGUUCCAGCUGAGGAAGAUCAGCAGGCGGAGCUGCAUUACUCAGAUUUUCAUCAUCCACACUUUCUCCUUCAUGGAGUCGGCGGUGCUCUUUGCCAUGGCUCUGGACCGCUUCCUGGCCAUCUGCGUCCCUCUGAGGUACACGGCUCUGCUGACCACCAGUAGAGUGGCCAGAAUUGGUCUGGUCCUCCUGCUGAGAAGCACCCUGCUCUUAAUUCCCUCCCUGUAUUUCCUCCUGCAGUUUCCCUACUGUCCAGUUGCAACCCUUUCUCACUCCUACUGUGUGCACCAAGAUGUGAUCCGCCUGGCAUGUGCCGACACCACCAUCACCAGUUACUAUGGCCUCACCCUCAUCCUCCUCACCAUGGGCUCUGAUCUCCUCUUCAUCCUUAUUUCCUAUAGCCUGAUCCUGAAGGCGGUCCUGGGAAUGGCCUCUGGGAACGAAGGCCACCACAAGGCCCUGGGCACCUGCGUCUCCCACCUCUGUGCCGUCCUGGUCUUCUACAUUCCAGUGCUCGGGCUGUCCGUUGCGCACCGGUUUGGCAAGCAUACGUCUCCCUUUCUCCACAUCAUCAUGGGGAACAUCUACAUUCUCCUCCCACCCCUGAUGAACCCCGUCAUUUACAGCAUCAAAACAAAGCAGAUUUACAGCAGGAUCAUGAGAAUAGUUUCGUUCAAGAGAGGCUGA